AUGUCUAUCUCCAAGAUUGCUGGUCUCCUCCUCAGCUCGGCCUCCAUGGUCGCUGCUCACGGUUACGUCUCUGGUGCCGUUGUUGAUGGUACCUACCACAAGGGUUUCAUCGUUGAUACCUACAGCUACCAGUCCGAUGUUCCCGAGAACAUUGGAUGGGCAGAGGAUGCCACCGACCUGGGCUUCGUCGAUGGCUCCGGAUACUCUGGCAACGACAUCAUUUGCCACAAGGAUGCCACCCCCGGUGCCAUCUCCGCCGAUGUCAAGGCCGGUGGUAAGGUCGAGCUCCAGUGGACUGACUGGCCCGAGAGCCACCACGGUCCCGUCAUCACCUACCUCGCCAACUGCAACGGUGACUGCUCCUCCGUUGACAAGACCGCUCUUGAGUUCUUCAAGAUCGACGAGGCUGGUCUCAUUGACGACAGCAACGUCCCCGGUACCUGGGCUUCUGACAACCUGAUCUCCGCCAACAACAGCUGGACUGUCACCAUCCCCAGCUCCAUUGCCGCCGGCAACUACGUCCUCCGUCACGAGAUCAUCGCCCUGCACUCCGCCGGCGAGUCCAACGGCGCCCAGAACUACCCCCAGUGCCUGAACCUCAAGGUCACCGGUGGUGGCAGCGACAAGCCUACCGGAACCAAGGGUACCGCUCUCUACAAGAACACUGACGCCGGUAUCCUUGUCAACAUCUACACCUCCAUGGACUCCUACGAGAUCCCCGGUCCCGCUCUGUACAGCGGUGCCUCCUCUGGCUCUUCCACCGCCGCUGCCUCCACCGCUGCCUCCACCGCUGCCGCUACCACUGCUGCCCCCGUUGCCAGUGCCUCUUCCGUGAGUGCCGCUCCCAUCCAGAGCCCUUCUUCAUUCUCGCACCCACAAUACUCCCGCACCCGCACUAUCUCCCGCCCCUCCCCCAGCAGCUCCCCCGCCGCUGGUCCCUCCGCUCCUUCCUUCUCCAACCCCAGUGGCUCUGACGCCCAGCCCACCGAGGCUCCCGCCCCGGAGGUCAACUACUCCACUGAGACCGACUAUGCCACUCAGACCGUUGAUGCCACCAAGACUGUUGAUGCUUCCGCUCAGGUUACUGACGAGCCUGCUGUACAGACCGCCAACGCCGCUGACAGCGUGACCGUCACUGCUACCGCCGUCGGUGGCCAGUCCGCCCAGAGCUCUACCCCCGCCUCCGACGACUCUUCCGCCGAGGCCAGCUCCACUGCCGCCUCUAUCCCCACCCCCGCUGCCAGCUCCAGCUCUACCUCCGACUCCGACUACUCUUCCUACCUCAGCUCCCUGAGCGCCGACCAGCUCAUCGCUGUCGUCCGCUCUACCCUUAAGUGGCUCGUCUCUGACAACAAGGUUCACUCCCGUGACCUUUCCUCUUAA